AUGAAAGCAGUGUGCCAAAAGCGGCUGGCAAUCAGCAUGACUGUGACUGCAUUAAAAUAUGUCAAUUUCUUCUGGUCAGCGGUGACAACUAAAUCAUUUCAGCAUCGAUAUACAGACAACACAUUCACUGGUCAGUUUAUAUCAACCGUCGGCAUCGAUUUCAAAGAGAAAAAAGUUGUUUAUAAAAGUGGCCGCGGAGGCUUUGGCGGAAGAGGGCAACGAGUCUUAUUACAACUAUGGGAUACCGCUGGACAAGAAAGAAUAGCUGCAAAUUUUCAAUCACACAAAGUUUUCUCAUUUAAGGUUUAUAAAAGUGGCCGCGGAGGCUUUGGCGGAAGAGGGCAACGAGUCUUGUUACAGCUAUGGGAUACCGCUGGACAAGAAAGGUUUCGGAGUUUAACAACGGCUUUUUUUCGCGAUGCGAUGGGUUUCAUACUGAUCUUCGAUAUCACAAAUGAACAGUCGUUUUUGAAUAUCAGAGAUUGGCUAUCACAGUUAAAA